ACCAUCCAAUGGGACGGGCACCGUGGAGUAACGACCCGCAACGUUUACGAAGAGUACAACAAGAAGUCCUUUAAACUGAUGUGACCCAUUCUGAGCGUGAUUCACCCGACAGCACAUUCCCUCACUGAGUGAUUACGGGGUUGCGCAGAGAGAGAGAGAGAGAGAGAGAGAGAGAGAGAGAGAGAGAGAGAGGAGGAAGAGCGGGCAACUUUUUUACCAGAAAGCGCGCAGAAACUCACCGCUGCAUCUUGAGACUGCUGGCAUCCGCCAGAAACAGCGCGCCCGCGUCUCUAGCGAAACGGACCGUUAAAAGAUGUGAUUAUUUCCCCUUUCUGUCUCCGACAGGUGUCUUUAUUUUACAGAAGAACAAAGAUGAGAAUUCACUAUUCUGAAGCCACUUCCAUCCUCAUCAUCCUUCAGACGUUGUGGUGGGGCUUGAAUAGUCAAUGUGAGGAACCAAUAGAGAGCUCCAAACUCGACCUCUCUGUGACCUAUGACCUCCCUCACUUUGUGUCUGACACUCCCAUCCAGAAGCUGUUGGAAUUCAAUGGAACUGUGUAUGUUGGUGCCGUCAACAAACUUUACGCUCUGUCAAAAGACCUCAAAAAGAUACACGAGUACAAUACGGGACCUGUUUAUGAGGGUCGAGACUGCAGUGCACCAGAUCCAUGCAGCGGUUGCAACAACAAACCCAUUAACUCGAACAACACCAACAUGGCCCUGUUGAUGGAGACUUUUUAUGAUCUUGAGCUCUUCAGCUGCGGCUCAGUUGGGAACGGCGUCUGCCGUCGUUACUUAUUAGAGGAUGGACCACUGGAUGCGGAAGUUACUUGCAUGUAUUCAAUGAAGAACAAAGACAGCAGCCACGGCUGCCCAGACUGCUUGGCAGGACCUUCGGGCACUCAGAUCCUUAACGUGAUGAGCAGCGGCGUCGUGAGGUUCUUCGUCGCAAACUCUGAGCCUCUUGAUUUGUCCGUCCCACGUCUCCACCACACUAUCUCCGUUAGAAAGAUGCGAGAGACUCAAGACGGCUUUGAGUUCUUUUCUGACCAAUCCUACAUGGACUUAGCCCCAGGGUUGCGUGGAAACUACCCGCUGCACUAUGUCUACUCCUUCCAGAGUGGCCCAUAUGUGUAUUUUCUGACCGUCCAACGAGAAGGUGGCAGCUCAAACGCCUUCCACACUCGGAUCGUACGCAUGUGCUCUUCAGAUCCUGAAAUCCUGCGCUAUGUAGAAAUGCCUUUUGAGUGCAUUUACUCCGAGAGAAGAAGAAAGAAGCGCUCGGCUCAAGUGGUUUUCAAUGUUCUCCAGGCUGCACAUGUGGCAAAGGUCGGCUAUGACUUUCAGCAGGAGAUGGGGCUGAAAGAAGGCGAGGACGUGCUGUUUGCUGCCUUCGCCCGGAGCAAACCCGACUCACCCGAGCCCACGGCCAGCUCUGCCGUCUGCCUUAUCUCCAUCACAGACAUCAAUAACUUCUUCAGGGAUUUCAUGCAGAAGGGAUACACGAGGAAGCUCAGUCACUUUCCAGGAUCAGAGGAGAAAAACUUCAACCAGAGCUUCACAGGAGAUUCCUUCGGCUGUGGCAAACAUGAAAGAGGCUACCGACUGGAGGUUACAAGCACCAACCCGCGCCGCGACUACUUCCACGGACGCUUCCGGAACGUUCUUCUCACUUCCAUAGCCGUGGUGCCUAUCAAGAACCACACUGUGGUCAGCCUAGGCACAGCUGAGGGCCGCAUCAUCCAGGUGGUGGUUUCCCGCUUUGGCAAGACGGAGCCGCAUGUGGAUUUCCGCUUGGACACGCUCCCCGUGUCCUCCGAGAUGGCCCUACUGUCUCCACAGCGUCACGACGGCUCCUUAUUGUUGGUUACAGGAAACAAGGUCUCUAAGGUUCCUCUAAUAGGCCCUGGAUGUGAGCAGCUGUGGUCUUGUAGCUCCUGUCUCCUGGCUCCAGGCUUCAUGGGCUGCGGAUGGUGCAAGAGCAGCGAUCGCUGCACGAGGGCUCCUCAGUGCUCCCCCUCCCUUUGGAUCCAGGACUCCUGCCCCCUCCUCAUCACCACGAUCUCUCCUUCCUCUGCUCCACUCGGAGGCCACACCAACGUGACAAUCUGUGGCAAAAACUUCGGAUUCAAUAAGAAAGAUCGCUUCGAUACCAAACUGAUCGAUGUGGUGGUUGCUGGAACAAAGUGUAAACUGGAAAGGAAAGACAGCAGCAAUAAUCGGUUGGUCUGCGGACUGGAUCAUGUGAACGCGUUCAGCGCUGACUCUGUGGUUAGGGUGCGCAGUGGCAAAGAACAGGCCCAAAAAGAUGGUUUCUCAUUUGUGAACCCAAUUAUCACAGAGAUCUUCCCAGAGUUUGGACCCAAGUCUGGCGGAACGAUGCUCACUAUCACUGGUUCAUUCCUGGAUAGUGGAAAUAUGCAACAGGUCACCAUGGGCAACGCUACCUGUGUGGUGCACAGUAUUUCAGCCACGAUGCUGACAUGUCGGACACCCCCUCAGCCAUCACCGUCCCAGCACAAGGUACAGCUGCACAUUGAUGGAGUGAUUCGUGAAGCUCCUGUCAGCUACACCUACAACGAGAACCCACACAUCUCCAGCGUCCAGCCCAAGCAUUCCUUCAUCAGUGGAGGAAGCACGGUGACAGUCAAUGGUUUCUACCUUCACUCAGCCCUCCAACCUCAGAUGGUUCUCACUGCCGCCACAGAGGGCAAACUCUUCCAAGUGACCUGCAGUCAUGAUGAGGAUAAGCGAAAUAUCCUUUGUAUCACACCCUCCCUGAAAGGCCUCAGCGUUCAGCCUCCAGUUGCCACAAAAAUGACCUUCGUGUUAGACGGUUUCUCCACCGAUCAGUACGACCUACUGUAUGUUGAAGACCCCAAGUUCGAGGAGUUUCAGAAGCCCACAGUUACACCGAGAGGCAACAAGAACAUUCUGGAGAUUAAGGUCCCCCCUGUCAAUCAGGAGGCGGUUAAAAAUGGUGAGGUGCUGAGAGUUUCAAACCGGACCUGUGAGAGCGUCACUUUGGUGGGCAACACGCUCGAAUGCACCGUACCCAUGGAGCUCCAGUCGGCCGCCAAAGAGCUGGAGGUGGAGUGGAAGCAGGCCACAUCAUCUGUGAUCCUAGGUCGUGUGGUGUUGGCUCAAGACCAGGACUACAGGAUACUGAUCACAGGAGGAGUGUGUGUAUCCAUCCUUCUACUGCUUCUUAUCGCAGUCUUUGUUUGGAUCAAAAGGAAGAAGCACAUUGAUGAUUUAGCUAAGGCUAUGGUUUGGUAUGACGGCCGGGCUCACAUUCCGCACUUGGACAUGUUGGCAAACGCGAGGAGUGUCAGUCCGACUAAUGAAAUGGUCUCUCACGAGUCGGUGGACUAUAGAACCACUUUGCUUGAGGACCAAAACUUGCCCCUGUCUCAGACAGAGUCCUGCCGGCCUCAUCUCUACGCCCAUGCCCAUGUGGAUCUGUCCCCUAUGCUCGGCCCGAUGGAAGGGGACCUGGCGUCUCCACUGUUGCCCUCUAGUGCGCCCAUAGAUCUAGGCAGCCUCCAUCCGGAGCUGCUGAAGGAAGUGCAGCACGUGGUCAUCGCCCGGGAAGAUCUGCUCCUACAUGUGAAUGAGAUCAUUGGGAGAGGGCACUUUGGCUGCGUGUUCCACGGAACCCUGCUCGAACCAGAUGGCCAGAAGCAGCACUGCGCCGUCAAGUCCUUAAACCGAAUCACCGAUAUAGAAGAGGUGUCCCAGUUCCUGAAGGAGGGCAUCAUCAUGAAAGACUUCAGCCAUCCUAAUGUGCUCUCUUUGCUGGGAAUCUGCUUGCCCAGCGAGGGCUCUCCUCUCGUCGUGUUGCCGUACAUGAAGCACGGAGAUCUACGCAACUUCAUCAGAGAUGAAACUCACAACCCCACAGUGAAGGACCUGAUGGGUUUCGGACUGCAGGUGGCUAAAGGAAUGGAAUAUCUCGCCAGCAAGAAGUUUGUACACAGAGACCUCGCGGCCAGAAACUGCAUGCUGGAUGAGAGCUACACCGUAAAAGUGGCUGAUUUUGGCCUGGCCAGAGAUGUGUAUGAUAAAGAAUACUACAGUGUGCACAACAAGCACGGGGUCAAGCUGCCCGUCAAAUGGAUGGCGUUAGAAAGCCUACAGACGCACAAGUUCACCACCAAGUCUGAUGUGUGGUCGUUCGGCGUGUUGCUGUGGGAACUCAUGACCCGAGGCGCCCCGCCUUACUCCGAUGUGAACUCCUUCGACAUCACUAUCUUCCUUCUGCAAGGACGAAGACUGUUACAGCCAGAGUUCUGCCCGGACGCACUAUAUAAUGUCAUGAUCGAGUGCUGGCACCCCAAACCCGAGCGGCGGCCCACCUUCUCAGAGCUCGUGUCCCGCAUCGCCGCAAUCUUCUCCAGCUUCAGCGGCGAGCACUACAUCCUCCUUAACACCACCUACGUCAAUAUCGAUAAGAUGACGCCCUACCCCUCUCUCAUCUCCUCUCAGAGUAACCUGGACCGUGACUGCUGCACCUGAAAGACAAAGACACCAGACAGAGGGAGGGAGAGGAGAACCACAAGAAAAAAACAAAGCCAUUGCUGUUCAUGAAAGACACUGGACUGGCUGCCAGGGGCGGCUUUCAUCAUUAAAGGAGGAGGAAAGCGGCCCAAGGACACUGUGAAAGACUUAAAAGGCACACUCCCUUAAUCACUGUAAAUAGAUUAUGAUGAGCCGUGACCUGUGGAGUUAAGGUUCUCCAGUCGAGCAUGAGAUGGUCCCGAUCUCCUGGGACAGAGGUUGGCAUUCCAUUAACGUUUCAUCUGUAGGAUGAUUCUUGCAGGCUGUGACCAUCUCAUUCAUUUAUGCUUUCGGCAGACGACUUCAAGAUGUCUCGAGUUGUGUUCUCCGACGUCACCUAAGUGUACGUUGACUGAUUUAUUUUCUGUGAAAAGUGUAAUAAGACGUUAUGCAUGCCUUCGUACUAUGAACUGAGCGCAGCAUAAUGAAGUUAUCAGGAGAACACUGGACUCACGUGACGUAUGACGAUGCUUUGAGAACCUUCGAAUCUCAAAAUGUUCUUGCGAGGCCUGUACGUCUGAUUCAGACCGAUAUGAAUGAUCUGAUUCUGUUUUGUUUACUUAAGUUCAGAUGAUUGUUUCCUGUCCUGGCCUUUCGAAUCUUUCUGACAAGAUUUCUUCUGUAGUUCUUCUAUAUUUUUAUAUAAUGUGCCUAAGUUUAGUGUCAAAGCGAACGUACUAUAGGCUCGCAUGGAAUCUGCAUAGCUUUACAUUUUCACCACUGAUUGAGUGGACAAAACAGGAUAUUCAGUGAUUGAGAUGUGUAUAUGGGCCAUUCUACAGAACUGGUUCAAAGUCAGAGUUGGAAAUGUCUAAAAAAAAAUGUCUUUUUCUAAAAGAAUUGUAUGUGUGCAAACUGUAUAAUAUCCAAGGAAUACUUGUGUUGUAUAUUCAAAAAGUUUUGGAAUAUUUGUCUUCUCCUCAAAUUUGUCACUACCGAAACACAGUAAUAAUAAGUCGUGACUGUUUUUAUGGGAUAACACCCAAAAAAACAAACAUGUCACUACCAAAACGCCAUCAAAUGUUUCAGUCGUGACUGUUUCAGCAACAAUUUUAUGGGAUAACACCCAAAAAAAACAAAGAUGUCACUACCGAAACGCCAUCAA